GGUAAGUGCCUCUAGCAAGGGAUCCAAGGAGGAUAUCUUAGAUGUCAGAUCUACAAUACGGAUGGUAGUCUACCCGAAGCCAUUGUUGUUCCAUAACAGGCAAUCUAUCCGAUCCACUUGUCAAGCUAAGUAUCCUCAACAUUUUGUUCUUCAUACUUACUUUAAAGCUAUCUCAACUGGUUCAAAGAGCUAGAAACACCUUUGUCGUUAUAAAAAUCAAGUGCAUAGCAUGAAACCUCAAUCCCUUCUUGACUACCUACGAGAGCGAUCUCAAGUAAGUAGCGACACACUCGACGCUCAGAUAGUCGAAAGUCUUGGCCCCUUUGUCGACAACACUUCGAAUCAAGCUAUCGCAUACGGAGAACUAGCAAAGGCCAAACAUGCAGAUUUGUUGCGCGACGCUGCGGCUACAGCACAAAAGUUCAAGGACAGUAGUGAACUGCAGCUUACUGAUGUGUCUAUCGCCGAAUUAGCGAUUGAGAUUGCCACCAUAAGAUUGUGUCUACUCAUCGUACCACACGUGACCAACUGCGUGCACGUUCAAGUCAACCCCAUACAUUCGUAUUCAACAGCUCAAAUCAUCAUAAAUGCAGAACGCAUCAUCUCGCUCUUCUCGCUCAUUGCACCCGACUUCUCCCCAUCACGGGUUUGCAUCAAAGUGCCAUCGACAUGGGAAGGACUCCGUGCUUGCGAGGUACUCGAGCAGCAGGGCAUCAAUACACUUGCAACAACUCUCUUCUGCAUGGAACAGGCCGUCCUAGCAGGUAAGAGUGGAUGCACCUAUAUCGCACCAUAUGUAAACGAGCUCAAAGUUCACUUUGAAGUUGGGUACAUCGAUCCAAGCCCAAACUUCCAACUUUGUGUGGAAGCACAGAAGUUCUACGCCAAAGAAAAGAUGAAGACGAAGGUUCUGGCGGCAAGCUUAACGAGUGUAAAAGAGUGUGCUCAGCUAUCAGGAAUUGACUGUAUCACGAUCGCACCCGCGUUACUAGAUGGGCUGAAUGGAACUGAUGUUGAAGUUCUGGAGAAAGAAGGCGGAGAAGAAUAUGCAAGCUACUUCAACGAAAGCGGGACCAAGGUAGAUGGCAAUGUCGAUUCUUUUGGUAUGGACUAUUGGAGCAAUAUCACAGAAGAGAAGCAAUGGAGACAAUCAUUCAAGCAGAGAAAUGACGGCCGUGAAUUGAUCAAAUUGGAGGAGGCGAUCAGUAUAUUCCGUAAUGAGCAGGCCAAGCUUGAAGACCUCGUCGCUCAAUACAUUUGAACAC